AUUAAUGAUAUCACAUUUAAAGCUAUUAAGAUUCCAUAAAAAACACUGUGUUGUCUCUCUCUCUCUAUCUUGUCUGCUGCUCAGAUCUGUCUAGAGGAGAAAGAAUCUGAGAAAUAGAAGAUGACUGACCGAGUCUUCCCAGCUUCCAAGCCAGCAACCGCCACUAACGGAGUCCCAUCAGCACCUCCUCCGGCUCCCUCUGCAGUUAACGGUAACGGAACAGCAAACGGUACAGCUAACCAGAAACCUCAAGUCUACAUUCCGGCAAACCGGCCGGUUUACCGUCCGCAGCCUUACAGCCGCCGCCACCACCACCAAUCUCGGCCAAGCUGCCGACGAGUCUGCUGCUGCUGCUGCUUCUGGUCGAUACUCAUCUUCCUCCUCCUCGCUCUCAUGGCGGCGAUCGCCGCCACCGCCGUCUACGUGAUCUACCGCCCUCGUCCUCCGUCGUUCUCCGUCCCGUCGCUUCGGAUCAGCCGCGUUAACCUCACCACCUCCUCGGACACCUCCGUCUCCCACCUCUCCUCCUUCUUCAACUUCACUCUGCUCUCGGAGAAUCCCAACGGCCACCUCACCUUCUCCUACGCUCCCUUCACCGUCGCCGUCAAGUCGGCCAAGUCCGGCGAGACGGUGGCGAACGGGACGGUUCCGGCUUUCUUCAGCGAUAACAAGAACAAGACGACGUUUCGGGGGGUUAUCGCGACGUCUACGUCGGCGCGUGAGCUGGAUCCGGAGGAAGCUCGGCGUCUGAAGUCGGAUCUGGCGCGGGCGCGCGUGGGGUUGGAGAUAGAGAUGAGGACGAAGGUGAAGAUGCAAAUGGGGAAGGUGAAGAGCGAAGGAGUUGAGAUCAAAGUGACGUGUCGAGGAUUCGAAGGGACAGUGCCCAAAGGUAAAACUCCGACCGUAGCAACGUCGAAGAGAACUAAGUGUAAGUCUGAUCUUAGCGUCAAGGUCUGGAAAUGGAGUUUUUAAAAUUUCACUAUUGGAAUUUUUUUUCCUUCUUUGGUUUCUUCUGGAUUUGUAUUACUUUUGGAAAUAUCCAAAAGAAGAUUUGUUUCUCCUCAGUUUUUAGUUAUAAAUUUGCAGAGAAGAGUCAGUGAGAAUUCACAGCUUCUAAAACUUUCUUGGA